CAAUAGGUUGGCUGUUUGCAUUACUGAAGAAAUGAAACUGAAUUCUGCACUUCUACAGCUGUUGUUCUGUGUGUAGCUCUACUUGUUUGGCUUACAAAAAUGGCUGAGGCAAGUAUUUUAGUGGGACAGGAUGAAUUCUGCUGUUCUGUCUGCUUGGAAUUACUCAAGGCUCCAGCCACUUUAUCCUGUGGACACAGUUUUUGUAUUGACUGUAUUAAUGGUUGCUGGGAUCAGCAAAUAGGAACCUCCAGCUGUCCCCAGUGCAGAGAAACUUUCUAUCCAAGGCCUGCUCUACGUAGGAACCACAUGCUAGCUGAAUUGGUGGAGAAACUGAGACAGGCUGGGCCACAACCUACUGCUCAAGGUUAUGCUACACCUGGAGAUGUGGAGUGUGACAUCUGCCCUGGAAGAAAACAUAAAGCUGUAAAGUCCUGUGUGGUGUGCCUGGUUUCCUACUGUGAAGCUCACUUUAAACCUCAUAAUGAAUAUGCUCCUCUGAAGAUGCACACAGUAAUUGAACCCUCUGCACACCUACAUGAGAAAAUCUGCCCACAGCACGGAAAGCUUCUGGACGUUUUCUGCCGUACAGAUCAGAAAUGUGUUUGCUGUCUGUGCGUGUUGGACGAACACUGUGGCCAUGAAGUAGUUUCCAUUGUAGAUGAGAGAGCAGAGAAACAGAGACAGUUGACGGUGACCCAGAAUGGCUACAAAAAGAGAAUCCAGGAGAAAGAGGAUGAACACCAGGAGCUGACAGAAUCUGUAGCGUCUCUUAAGCAUUCUGCACAGACAGCAGUGGGAGAUACUGAGAGAAUGUUUCGUGAGCUAAUUCAGUCCAUCGAGAGAAAGUGUUCUGAGAUGACAGAGGUGAUCAGAGCUCAGGAGAAAGCUGAAUUAAGUCGAGCUGAAAAGCACCUGAAGCAAGUCAAGCAGGAGAUUGUUGAUCUCAAGAGGAAAGAUGAUGAGCUACAGCAACUAUCACAGACCGAAGACGACUUCCGUUAUUUACAGAUUUUCCAGUCUUACCAAGGUCUCAACCUCACUGAAGACUUUUCCAGAAUUAAGAUUAAUAUGCUACAAUCAUGUGAAGAUAUUAAAAUAUCUGUCUACAAACUCAAAGAGCAAGUUAACAGUAUCAAGCAGCAUCCUGAUUCAUCCUCUCAAUUGAAAGGUCAGGAAAUAGCAUCUCGGUGCCCCCCCUCUGACCAACAACCUGAGCAAAGCAGUUUACCUGAGCCCAAGUUUAACUCUGGCUCCAUGUCUAAACCUGCUGCUAAACUCCAGUUCCCAUUUGGCUCUGCGUCCAUGUCUAAGCCUGCUGCCAAAUCUCAGUCCCCUUUUGGCUCUUUGGUCCUGUCUAAACCUGCUGCUGAACACCAGGUCCCAUUCAGCUUUGGAUCUACGUCUAAAUCUGAUGCUAAACCUGCUGUUGGACCCCAGGCCCUAUUCGGCUCUGGAUCUGUGUUUAAAUCUGAUGCCAAAUCUCAGUCCCCAUUUGGCUCUUUGUCCCUGUCUAAACCUGCUGUUGGACCCCAGGCCCUAUUUGGCUCUGGAUCUGUGUUUAAACCUGCUGCCCAAUCUGAGUCCCCAUUUGGCUCUUUGUCCCUGUCUAAACCUGCUGUUGGACCCCAGGCCUUAUUCAGCUCUGGAUCCGUGUUUAAACCUGCUGCUGAAUCUCAGUCCCCAUUUGGCUCUUUGUCCCUGUCUAAACCUGCUGUUGGACCCCAGGCCCUAUUUGGCUCUGGAUCUGUGUUUAAACCUGCUGCCCAAUCUGAGUCCCCAUUUGGCUCUUUGUCCCUGUCUAAACCAGCUGCUGAACAUCAGGUCCCAUUCAGCUUUGGAUCUGCAUCUAAAUCUGAUGUCGAAAGUCAGUCCCCAUUCGGCUCUUUGUCUCUGUCUAAACCUGCUGUUGGACCCCAGGCCUUAUUCAGCUCUGGAUCCGUGUUUAAACCUGCUGCUGAAUCUCAGUCCCCAUUUGGCUCUUUGUCCCUGUCUAAACCUGCUGUUGGACCCCAGGCCCUAUUUGGCUCUGGAUCUGUGUUUAAACCUGCUGCCCAAUCUGAGUCCCCAUUUGGCUCUUUGUCCCUGUCUAAACCAGCUGCUGAACACUAGGUCCCAUUCAGCUCUGGAUCUGCGUCUAAAUCUGAUGCCGAAUCUCAGUCCCCAUUUGGCUCUUUGUCCCUGUCUAAACCUGCUGUUGGACCCCAGGCCCUAUUUGGCUCUGGAUCUGUGUUUAAACCUGCUGCCCAAUCUGAGUCCCCUUUUGGCUCUUUGUCCCUGUCUAAACCUGCUGCUGAACCCCAGGCCCUAUUCAGCUCUGGAUCUGCAUUUAAACCUUCUGCUGAAUCUGAGUCCCUAUUUGGCUUUGGGUCCACAUCUAAGCCUGCUUCAGAACCCUAAUCCUGAUUCACCUUUGAGAUUCUGCUGGAUGAAUUCUAUUCCUAGAUUGUCACUGGGGCGUCCUCCAAGACUGCCGUUGUCCUCCAUCUCAACAUAAGAAAUAGCUGAUGCUAAAGUAAGGGUGCAUUAUAUUUGUUUAAUCUGCAUUACUGCUAAAUAUGUAUUCCUUAACAUCUAGGAGUAGUGCACUAGUUGUGACCUUUAAGUAUACACAAUAUGAACUCCCAGAACUUUGAUUACUUUUGCACAUAAUGACCAGUGUUCCCAUUUUUAGUGUGUGUUAUCUAAACUGCCUCUGUGGGUAAUAUGAAUAUAUGGAAUGAAAGCCUUUAAUGAAAUGUAAUGAAGUUUCUUGCACUCAUUGUACAAAGCAUUUAUUCAGAUGACUGGAGCAAAUUAAAGGCUGUAUCCUCUUUUCCAAAGAAGGUUUGUAAGAUUUGAAAAUUAAUGACAACUGUUAAGUUAUUGCUUACACACACAUUUCCAGGUAUAAAAAUG